UUGCAGACUGGAAGUGCCCUCCAACCCUUGGCAUGAGAGGUACUGGAGUGCCACCUCUGUAGUUUGAGCAGCGCCACUUUGUCAGAUCCCGGUGAGGGUGGGAUCACCCUGAGAUGAGCAGCCUGUAGCCGGGGCCAGCCCCGCUGCCAGGGCUCCCUGCCCUGGGACGAUGAGGAGUCAUCUGCUGGCCUAACAGGAAGAUUUUUGUGGCAGUUCUUGUUUCGUUUUGUUUGGUUUUUUUUUGCUCCCGAACCUUGUGAAAUUUCAUGUGACGGCGAAGCCGCUUCCCGCGCCCGCCUUGAGCCGCCUCGCAGCCGAGGGCUCGGUGGUGGAGGGCCAUCACCAUGGCAGCAAAACAGCCCCCGCCGCUGAUGAAGAAGCACAGCCAGACCGACCUGGUGAGCAGGCUGAAGACACGCAAGAUCCUGGGGGUCGGCGGGGAGGACGACGACGGCGAGGUCCAUCGCUCAAAGAUUAGCCAAGUACUGGGAAAUGAAAUCAAGUUUGCUGUCCGGGAACCACUGGGGCUCAGGGUCUGGCAGCUGGUUUCCGCCGUCAUGUUUUCCGGGGUCGCCAUCAUGGCCCUCGCUUUCCCCGACCAGCUCUACGAUGCCAUCUUCGACGAGGAAUCGGUGAGCAGCAAGACUCCCAUCCGGCUCUACGGAGGAGCCCUCCUCAGCAUCUCGCUCAUCAUGUGGAACGCCCUGUACACGGCCGAAAAAGUCAUCAUCCGCUGGACCCUGCUGACGGAGGCGUGCUACUUCGCCGUGCAGUUCCUGGUUACCACUGUCUCCCUGGUUGAGAGCAGCCGGAUAGCCACAGGUGCUGUGCUCCUCCUGGUCAGCCGAGCCCUCUUCAUCCUCAUCAGCAUUUAUUAUUAUUACCAAGUUGGACGCCGUCCCAAGAAAGUCUAAUUCCUGGGCUUUUUGUCAUGGGAAGGGUGGGAGGGGGGGGUUUGUGUCGGUAAUUUUGCAUUAUAAUUAUAACUUUUUGUUUGUUUGUUUUUUUGUUAGUCCCUUUUGGUUCUAAAGUGGUUUCCUUCUUUUCCACUUACCGGCAUGAAUCAGUGUGUAACCCGGUGCUGGUGGCGUUGCCAGGUGAAAUGGGGAGGGGGGAGCAGCGUUGGGCAGGACCCCCCAGCCCCUCAGCAGGAGGCAAGGAGCAGCGGGAGGAAGGCUCAGGGAGGUGUGUGGGCCUGGCAGGCUCAGGGAAAAGAGCCAGUUUCCUGGGGGGAACUGGCUGAUGGGAUCACAGGCUCUGAACCCACUGGAACAAAGCACAAAAUAAGACCAGCAUAUUGAAACCAAAUCCCUGAGGAGACAGGGUAGCAAGACAACCACCGAAGGACUCGCUUGGUAAGCCCUUGGUAAGCCUUGCAGCUGCCUGGUGGAGCGUGCCCUUGUGUACAGCCCAUUCCCCUUUUAGCAAGUACUGACUGUACAGGUAGCUGGGAGCUGGACGCGUCUAGGUCAAGUUCAGCACUUUGCAAAGAGCUCUUCUUUCCUCGCUGAUAGAGAUGCCACCUCCUUUAUAGUUUUGCACUGGGUGCUGUGCCAAGCUUGGCAGGAGAUGGAGCAAAAGAACUGAGAGAGCCUCUUGCUUGUUCCCUUCACAAGGACAGCACUGGGAACAGCGGAGCAACUUGAACUGCAGCAUGUGAGAAGUGAAGGAAGUGAUUGGAAAUAGCCCAUCGAGUACAGAGACAUCCCCUUGCUUGGGCUGUUUUGUGAAGUUUCUAGGCUGAGGUCCUGUCCCUUUACCCCGGAACGCUUCUACAGUUGCAGCUUUACUGAUGGUAGUAGCAGUGGUGGGUGUGAGGUAGUGUCUGACACUUCUGUUAAGCAGGGGCUGGAGUGCUGUUGUGGUUAGCGCUAGUAAGAGCAGAGCCAGCAUCAGUACAGCUGCUUGGGUGAGUGAACAGCCUCUAGAGAUGAGUCCCAGCUGUGGGAGAUGGUGUUCCAGCUCAGCUAACGUGCAGGCAUCGCAUCUCUUCUGACUUUGAGAAGAGGGGACCAAAGUUUGUAGCAUUAAGAUACUUAAGUGGGAUGAAGAACAGCAAGGAGCGGGGCGUAUGAAGGCAUCGUUGCCUUCUCUAGCUCAGUCAAGGACUGACUGAAUGUGCUUUGGUACUCACUGGCCAGUUUCUCCAACACCUCCUGGGCUUGACAGCAUUGACUGCCCUGCUUCCUAGUGCUUUCCUUGCGGAUUAUCCCUGUCCACAGCUGGAGGCAGCUUUUUUGUUCUCCAUGGAACUAAAGCCAGAAGGCCUGCAUGCAGGAUAUGGACCUCAAACUCAUGUGCUACUGCUGGCUGGAUCAAAGCAUGCCCUGGAAUAGAGCUGACAUCCCAAAAUCCCAGUAGAAAGAUGCCUACGCAAACAGAAGUGCUUGUGUGAACAACAGCCCUCAAGCCACUGGUGAGACUGGGAUCUACAGCUAUUGCUGUUCAGUAUCUUAGUAGAGUUAGAAGAAGGUAGUGGGUAGUUACUGUAUGUUGUGUUAGUGCUUUUGGCAUUUAGAAGCAGCAGCUGCAUAAACUUGGGACACUGUGUGCAUUUUACCUACUGGCCAUGCAAAAUGUCUGUCAGGUAAGAAUAUUGGAAAUAGUUGAACCAGGAAACAUCACAGCUGUAAUUUAUUUUUUUCCUAAGUAGUAAAUCAAAUGGAGAGGCAACAUCCAACAGCAGGCUAAAUUCUGGAGCCUCCCAACAAGACGUGCCUGCCAAGCUGCUCUCAACAUGUCCAAAAUAUUAUACUGAGCAAAAAAACUUGUAUUUAAGAGGAGCCUUCCUGUUCAGGUGGAAGAGUUGGGCUCUAAGAGGGAAACUUUUUCCCUGUGAGGCAGGAACUGAUCAAGUGCAGCCUGGGGAGUACGACAAACCAGGCAGUGCUGCGUGUGGGAGCUGGAGCGUGGCAUGCUGUGGCUGUAGCUCUCACCCCGCGCACCACCCGCAGGCACGGCUGCCGUGGCUUCAGUGCAGCACUUGGGCUGUAGUUGUUGGUAUAGGUACGUGAAGCUUGAUUCUUUGUGUUUUGGGGGGGUCAUGUGAAUGUAUACACAGACUGAUCGUUGCUUUUGGGAGCGGGGGGGGGAAAUUAUGUUUCUAGGAAAGACAAGUAAAACUGACCAGAGCAAAAGCGAUCUUGCAGAAAAAGGAAAUGGAGGGUCAUCGUAAUGUUGUCUUCCCAUCUGUGCUGGCUGCAGGUCCUAGGAACUUAGUUCUGACUCUGAAUCUGUUGAUGGUUGCUUGUUUAGUGUACCUUGAAAUGUCACCCCACAGGUGAGACAAAUGAGUUACUACUGCACUAUUGUGAGAGCAGUUCUUCAAGACUUCAUAGUGGUUAAAUCAUGUGGGAGGGUGGAGGAAGCAGUUACAGCUCUCCAAAGGACCUUUAAAUCAGGUGAGGUCAGAUUCCUCUGGUCCCCUGCUUAGCAGCUGCCUCUGCAAAACUUACCACCAUGAGCCACUUCUAGUUUUGCCAGUCAAUGUCUUGUUCUAACACAGAACAAAGCCUGGAGGAGUGCUCUGAAAAGGGAGAGGUGAAGUUGUUUUAUUUUGAUGCUUCUUGCUCCACCUUGCUGUAAAUUGGACCAUGUAGAAAGUAUGGAAGUGGGUUGGGGCUCAAAACUUUUUCUACAACUAAGUGAGAAGGGGCAAAUGAUGCCCCUACCUGGCAAUGGCUGUGAAAAGGCUGUGGUCCCUGGCAUGGUCCCAUCUUAUCAGCAAGGUGCUGCAGGAGAAACAGGGCCAUGUGAGGAGGUGAAUUUGUAGCAGGUGAGGUCUAGGAGGGAGUUUCUCAGGGUGGCUUGAGGACGGAGCCCAGGCAGAGCACCUGCAGGGCUGCCAGAACCUGGCUGGCCUGGUUGUCUUUGCUCUUGUGGAUGGGGGGAAAGGGAGGAGGAUGCUGAAAUGUUUGUAAGGACUGCAUCCCUAAGGACAGAAGUGCUGGCAUCACAGUAGCAGUUGACCAUAUAAUCUGGGAUCAGAAGCCUUGAGGCAUCACCUCAGGCUCUGCUACUGAUCUACUGAGAAAAAAACUUCCAUUUCCACAGGCUUCAGUUUCCUUAUCCGUUAAAACUGUGAGAAAGGCCUUGGAUUGACAUCGUCUUCCAAGGGAGACUGCAGUGAGUUACCUGCAUUCAUACAAAGUUGUGCAGGGCUGGGAGUCGUGGUUCCCUGAGGGUUGUGCUCCAAGCAGGCACGGGCCAGGACAAAGGCUGCCCCCCUUUCUCUGCUGGAGAUAGACUCAAACCUUUGCGUUCACAGAGCCCUCGCUUUUGAGGGUGAAGAAAGCUCAUCAUUCACAUAACUCUCUACAUCGCCUUAUUGACGCCUAACUAAUAUCUGGCAAACUGGAGCUGGUGACAAAGGAGAGGCUCUGUCUGUCCUAAGCCGGCCUCUCCUUUCUGGUCAAGGGUUUUUACUUGGGCGGGGUGGGGGGCGCAGGGGAGAAUGGGACACUUCAGUUUAUACCUCAUUUUAGCUGCUGUACCCAAGUUUAUUCUUUCUCCUCUGGUAAGAAAGUGACUGUACUUAACACCAAGCAAAUAGUGAAAAUUAAAGCCGUUUCACUUCACUGUCA